AUGCAUUACACACCCGCAGAGUUCUUCUCCAUCUUUAAUACUGGGGAUGUGUUCAUCAAGACAGAACUGGUCACUCCGUCGAAACAGUGGCAACUGCAUAGCAACAUCCUAGCGCGAUUUUCUUCGUGGUUCGCCAAGUCACUUUCAAGCAUGGCUACUAGCACAAUAGGCGCACAGUGUGCUUCAUACAUUAUUGAAGAAGUUGAUGGCAAGAUCCUGCUAGUACAACAGCAAGCCACCGGAGAGCGACCAGUAAUCGAAGACGUUAAUAACGGUACACUCAAGAACAUCAAGAUUACAAUGAAGAACGAAGACCCAGAGUACAAGCCUUCUUUUUGCAACCCCACAGAUCACGCCGCCACCAUCCACUUAUACGAUCAGAUCUUCAACACAUUCUACAACAUACCCAUAGACCUCUCAGCUGCCAACAUCGCCGCCUCACUCACGCACUCUGAGAAUCUCAUGAAGACUGCUAGGAACUUGGGUUGUCUGGAAAGCCUUCCCAGCUUGACUUCCCAGAUCAAUGCCACGCUUCUCCAACACCGACAUGCCCUCUUCCGCGCAAUCAAGAAUGAUCCUGCACGCUGGCUUCUCCUCUCCCUCUCCCUCCAAAACGGCUUAAUCUACACCGAAGCACUAAUCCACAUGUCUGGCGCCCAUCCCUGCUGGCCCUGGCCCACCCCCCGCUCCAACCUCCCAGAAGAAAUCCUUCGCCUCAUCACCACCAAGAGCGCUUCACUAAACCACCUCUGCACGGAAGUCGAACGCUCCCUCCUCCUCCUGACAAUCCAUGUGGGCCGCAACGCCAACUCUCACGCCGUCUCCCCCGUGACAAACUCGGAAUUCGACACCUGGUUCAUAGUGUCCACAUUCCGCUCCAUCCUUGGCAAGGAACUCACCGAGCUAGACAAUAACAGCAAGAAGCCCCUCUUACGCGGUACUGUGUUUAGGAAGAUCAGGAAAGGAGAAGGGUAUAUGCCUUAUGAGGAUAUGAGACGUAUGAUGGAACAGGUGAUGCCGUCUUCUGUGCAGAACUUGAGUGAAGAUUUGGCGAUGCUGAAGAGGGAGGCGAGUGUUUAUGUGGAGGAGUUGGCAAGGAAUGAGUGCUUGCUUGAUGUUGAGGGGCAGAAGGUGGGGUGGUUGACUUGUGUUAACGUUGGGAAGGAGGAUAUUCCUUGGAGGGCUGGAGAUGGGGAUGAGGUGGGUAGGUGA